AUGUUUCCUCUAUAUGUCCACAUUAACAAGCCAGUUAAUAUCACAAUAAGUCCCCAGGAACAUAUCAGAACUCUAUUCGUGCCAUCAUUCCUAAGUAUUCCACUUGCACGCACUUCCUUUGCAUUUGCAUCCACUGUGCUUCGUCUUUUACCAGCUCGGAGCUUUGCUGAGGGUUCGUUGGGGAAGAGUCCGCAAAAUCCCAUUCGAUUUGACAGUGUGGUUCUCUCGAGUGAAAGUAGUCGUGGUAGCGUUAAAUGCUACCUAGACUGCACCCAUAAUGAUUAUUAUCUUUCCAUCCGGAUAACUAAACUCGACCUUCAGGGCAACUGUCCUACCUUCACCAUCUCCGAAUAUUCAACGCUCAUGGUUGAUGAAACAUUAGAAUCGGCCAACUUCCCUGCUAUCAGUAUUUAUAAACCCGGCGAUGCUAAUGUACUGGCCAAGGCCACAUGCAACGAUAGUGCUGCUUUCGUCGACACGGUAAUUCGGACUUCGACGCCUGGGCGAAAGCUAAUGGUUGGAUUCGAUUCCGGCAGCGUAGGGAAAAUCAGUUCCUUUGAAAUCACCGUCACUCCAUACUAUCUUGGGACUUCUUAUAGCUGUCCGGCGGAUCAUUUCCGGUGUUUCAAUACCAAAGACCACUGCAUUCCCGACAGUAUCACCUGUGACGGCGUCGAUAAUUGUUUUGACAAUUCCGAUGAGUCAAACUACCUAUGUACCGGACGAAUAGGAAAUCUACCAUUACCUCUCUUCAUUAUCCUUAUUAUAGUCGGAAUUCUAUUUCUGUUGGCACUUAUCACGGGUGUGGCGAUCUACCUUCGCCGUCGGCAUCUCCGUAAACAAAACAACAAGCCUGAGAUUGCUGAAGAGUUUAAAGCUCUCUUUUUUCCGACUUCAACAUUUUCUAGCAGAAUGGAUGGUUCAUAG